AUGGCAGCCGCUGGUCCCGGGAACCCAACUCCGGGUUCCCUGUACCAGGACGCGAUUGGGCGGCCGCCGCAGGACGGUUAUGGUGUCUAUGUGUACGCCAACUCUUUCUUUCGCUAUGAAGGAGACUGGAAAGGAGGGAAGAAGCAUGGUCACGGCAAAUUGUUGUUUAAAGACGGGAGUUACUACGAAGGCGAGUUUGUGGAUGGAGAAAUCACGGGGGAAGGAUGCCGUCACUGGGCUUUGUCAGAGAAUACCUACACCGGACAGUUCCUGCUGGGCGAGCCUCACGGCCACGGCAUCAUGCAGUACGGAGCUGGCGGGCACUAUGAAGGGGCGUUUUCCCAUGGCAUCAGAGAAGGACACGGGCUCCUGGUGGACCAGGCCGGACAGGUAUACCAGGGAUCAUUUCACAACCACAAGAAGCACGGACACGGGCAGAUGAUUUUCAAGAAUGGUGACCAGUAUGAAGGCAACUGGGUGCUGGAUCAGCGUCAGGGACAUGGGGUGCUUUGCUGUGCUGACGGCUCCACGUACGAGGGACAGUGGCACAGUGAUGUGUUCAGUGGCCAGGGCCGUAUGGCCCACUGCUCAGGGGUUGUGUACGAUGGGAUGUGGAUCAGCGGCCACCCAGUGGAACAGGCCACAAAGAUUGUCAUUUUGGGCCCAGAGGUGAUGAAUGUGGUCCAAGGAGCCGCCAUCACAUUGGAUGUCCAGCUGCUGCAGGAAGAUGGCAAGGUGGCCAAGGGUGAGGCAGGCCGCGUCCUGAGCGUGUCCGCGGCCGUCCGGUACGUGCAGCUCCCGGCCUACUCCAAGCUCAGCUUCUUCAGGGUGGACACACAGGACAGAGAGACGCCCAUCGCGACGCCAUUUGGAUUUGAGUGCAUCUCCUACCCUCUGUCAAGGCCUGGAUCUGGAGGGCCAGAGCUCAGGACAGCAGUGGACGGGGCUGGAGCUGACUCGCCACUCCCCACAGCUGCCGUGGAGCCAGCAUCAGCGUGGGGUGCCCUGCAGGGCAGAGGAGACAGCCCCUACGACCCACCGGGUGAGGGACAGGAGCCUCUGGGCUCCCAAUUCUGCCAAAAGGCAGAGCAAGGCUGUGCUGUGUUCUCCAACAUCCUGCUCGGCCCCCCUCCACCCUGGUACCACCCAGUCCCGUUUCUGGACAGCAACCAGAUGCUGGGUCCCAGACCAAGAGACAGCCUCAGCCCAGGGAAGACACCAGGCCCAGCUCAGAAGCUCCCAGGAGGCAGCAGCUUGCUGCCAAAGGCGCCCAGGCUGCAGGCGCAGAGCCAGCGAGGAGGCUCCCAGGAAAGAAGACAUUUGGUGGAGACGGAAAUGGGCCUGCACCUGGCCCGGGCUGCCGCAGCCCGUGCCGUCUGCAAUCGGGUGGCUCGUGGGGACGCCGGUGGCGGCUGUCAGCCCCAUGGCCUGAAGGGACAUCCAAAGCUACAGACCUGGCCACAGCAGGACCAAUGGCAACAGCUUAUCCAGGUAGGUGGGCAGAGCCUGCCCGGGAAUGGAGACAAGGGCACAGCUGCUGAGCAGGGCCAGCCUCCAGCUGCCAUCCACAACCGGAAGAGCUGCCUCCAUCUACCACUGCUCUCAGCAGAGCGGGACCCAGUGGAGAGUCCAGGGGGCAGUGGGACCCCACCCCAGAGCUGCAUGGAGGGAAGGCUGCCUGAGGAUGCGCGCCAGGCUGGCCCCUGCACCCCAGCCACGGCCCACGCCCAAUGGGCCGAGGAACAGGCCCCCCUGGCCAGCCCCGAGCCCGAUCCCCCAAGCCCCAUGGCUGUGACUGAAGGCACUGGCCCUGCCCAGCACAUUCCUCCAGACCCCAAGGCCCACUCACACCAGGGAUGCGGGCAGCCGCACACGGCCAAGUCAAAGGAUGACCUCGAGAUGAAGCACACGGUCUCUAGGCCUGGAGAGUACGUGAUCAUGGUUCAGGAUGUGACAUCUCCUCCGUUCUUGGGUCGCCUGCUGCCCACCGCCUUCCAGCACGUGCGGCUCUCGGCAAAGGCCACAAAUCAACCCAGCGCCCCUGGAGAGGGCCUGGAGACCCCGGGCUAG